AUGCCCGAAAGUGACACGGCUGGCUCUUUACGCGUCUCGCAGCGCCGGCCUAUGGCCUGUCGAGAAUGCACCAAGAGGAAGAGAAAAUGUGAUAAACAGAUCCCGUGCUCAAGAUGCCGGAGACUCAAUCUGCACUGCUCCGUUGAAAUUGUGCAGUUGCGAAGGAACACAGUGCAGCAUGCAUCCGAAAUCCAGUUCCUGGCUUCAAUACUCGCGGACUUGGAUUCAGCAAGUGAAAGGUCCCCACAUGUCAGUGCUAAGCUGAGAGAUCGAAUAUCCCAGCUACAGACUGGCCGAGCGGACGAUCCUGAUGUUCCGCUCAGUGCUGGAUCCUUAACGGAAGAUCCGGAGCCGGAACUUCCUAAUAUUCGCAAAGACCAAACUCUACACCAUCGAUUUGCAGAGGCUCCAUUGGAAAGCACAGAUCCACCACUUCUGACUGCAAUAGAGCAUCUGGCCUGGGGAAGAAAUGCCGCUGGCUGCUUUCCACAUAGGAGAUGCGGAUGUCAAUACCGAAGAGAUACCCCAGAACAGUUAUCUAUGAACAGCGGAACCUUUCAACUAUAUGGUUCAUAUUUGGAGCCUCUCGUUCAAAAUCAACUACCCAGAGCUGUGGAUGCGCAAAGCCUUAUAAGUUUUCAUAUCAGUCACCUCGCCUGGCAUCACAAUAGUUUCCACGGACCGACUUUUCUCGAGCAAUGUGAAUUGUUUUGGAAAACGGGAAGAUGCGAUCAUCCUCUUUGGCUAGCACUCUACUUUUCUGUUUUAAGCUGCACGGUCAACUCGAUACAGAACAGCCAAAAGUUAACAGUGCUGAUCAACGUCGAUCUGAGCGCUAUGCAGUCUGCCCAGCAACUCUUUUCCACCAUGGUGCAGAUACUUUAUAACGCCCACUUUCUGAACAACCUGUCAAUAUACUCUGUCCAAGCUGUUGUCAUAUCGACAGAGAUUGCCCAUAAUCUAGGUCUUAGCCAGUUAAACGCAACUCUUUUCAAUGCUGCUGUGCGUAUUGCAGAGUGUCUGGGCAUUCACAAAAUUAAAAAUCACCCUCCCAUCCAGAAUAAAACGAAUGAUGGAUGGGAAGAGAGAGUGGAGCGAGAGGUCGGAAGAAGAGUAUGGUGUCAAAUGCUUAUCCAGGAUCACUUCGCCAUUCCAUUCACAGACACGUAUAGCAUCUCCCCGAUGCACUUUUCAACAGGUCGGCCCCUCAACGCAGAUGAUCAUGACCUAGCAGGUCUACUAUCUGAAAUUCCAACCAUCAGCAGCUAUGUUCGAGUUCUUGUGGAUUUAGCUGCCCUGAUGCCCGGCUUAGUCGAUGGACUUGGACCUAUGCACCGCCGCAAAUCCCUCCGAGAGCAAUAUGAACAUAUUCUUCGAGUAGACCAAAAGAUGCGGGCCAUUGUAAAAGGUAUACCAUCAUUCAUGUUACGGCCAGACCCACUCAAAGAAGCCGAAAUUCCUUGGCUUACGAUCGCUCGUCGAAGCCUUGCAAUUACCGCAGCAGAGAAAAUCAUCAUGAUUCAUCGGUUAUUUUUGUUUCGUUCAUUUCAUGAUCCCAUCUUCAUUCACUCUCGAAGGACCUGUGUUGCAGCUGCGAUGACCAUUCUGCGCGAACAUGAGACAAUCGUUGACGACGAUGAUCUAUCUAUCUGGACACAUACCGCAUUUGCAAUCACAGCGGCCGUUAUAUUAUGCUUUGAAGUGAAUACAGUCAUGGAAACUCCAGAUAAGAGACUGGUACCAAUGUAUCGAACAGCUGUUCUUGCCGCUCGCGACCGUCUUGCCUCUAGGGAUGGCGAUGUUCUUGCCCAGCGAGGUGUUGCUCUGAUAAAUGCUAUCUUCAUUGCUGAACAAUCUGGUUCCAAUGUCUCGGAGAUGAACCGACUCACCUCUAUUGAUUUCAAUCGGGUGUUCACGAACUUCUCAACCCUGAGCAAAGCGAGUAUGAUUCCAUUCGCCGAUGAAUUGACGCCGGGCAGAAUCUCUAGCGGCACACCUGAGACUAUUGAUACGGUUGAUGUGGGCGAAAUGCAAUUACCAUGGAAUCAAGAAGAAAUUGAUUUUGAUCUUUGGUUCAAUGGGAUUUUUAAUAAUUUCCCAGAUCAAAUGUCAUGA